AUGGCGGCCAGGCCCAUGGUGGUGCAGAAGGCCACACCGCGAGAGACGUUCGAGAGCCUGGGCAAAGAGUUCAAGUGGGAUAAGAAGGUUGUAGAAGCUAUAUUGUCCGAAGGAAUUCAGGACCUUGAAGAGUUUCGCUUUUUGUUUCACGAAGAGAAGCAGACCGAUGAUUGGUUAUCCAAGAUUAAAGAUCUGCCCAACCCCUCCUUGGAAGGAGCGAGGUUGAGGAAAGCCUGGCAUAGCGUUAGGCUGCAAGCUACCGCCCGUGAGAAGGAUCACAGCCAGGCUCAGAUCCAGGACCUGGACGAUCCGUUGGGGGACGAAGAUUUACUUGAUUUGAAGACGAGUUUUUGGAGGAGGUACAAACUCAGUUUUCCGCCGGAAAUUCACCCUUCCGAUUCAUUGAUAUCUCGAGUGGCACGGGAGUGCCACAAGAGGAUGUUGAUGGUCACCAAUUUGUGGUUGGUGAAAACGUUGAUGUUCCAGGUUACAUCGUCCCGCAAGCGGCAGAAAGUCGGAGACAUGUUGUACAUGGAUGCACCUGAGGAAGUUGCACCAGCCACUAAGGACCUGUCAGGAUACCUGUCGCGGUUGCACACGUAUUUGCUGGCACUGGCCAUUGCAGGAGUGCGGGCCAUUCCAGGUGGGGCGGACCCCAGCACUGAGAGGGAUCUCGGUGCGGACAGUACCAAAGUGGUGCAAAUUCCCCUGGAUACCCUCAUGGCUUACUAUUUUCGGGCAGUUCGGGCUGUUCAGUCCAAAGGAGGUGCAUCGGCUUUGGCGUGGUUGGAGCAGCAGGAUAUCCAGGAGCGUGCUCAUUGGGUUCAGUCCUUCAGGCAGUCCCAAAAGCAUUUGGGGGUUAUCGUGAAAGAGACCAUGCAAUUGAGAGAUGCCCACUGGAUUUGUGAAACGUGA